AUGAGUGAUUCGGACCCCGAAAAGAAGUCCAGUAUUCCACCAUGGCAACAUACACCAGCCCCAGAAUCUGCGAAUGAAGCGCCCGCAACAGCGCCAGAGGAAAGUCGCGAGACAGUGGUAGCCCAGGCGCGGAAAUUCCUCGAGGAAGACGAGGUCCGCGAUGCCUCCACCGACAAGAAGAUUUCCUUUCUAGAAAGUAAAGGACUGCAAAAUGAAGAGAUAAAAUUACUGCUAGGCGUGGCGCGGAAUCCAGAAGCCAGCACACCAUCUCAAGAACAUCCACAGCCUCCAGAACCAUCACCACAUCAAACAUCCCCUCUUCCUCCGCGGCAGUUAAUCCAGCCCGCUUCUUCAAUGCCCUCUCCACCCCCUAUCAUAACAUACCCCGAAUUCCUCACGACGCCACCGCAGCCCGCACCCUUAAUAACCAAACCCCGCCUCCUCACCACCCUCUACCUCUUCUCCGGCCUCACAGCCCUCCUCUACGGCACCCACGAGUACCUACUCACCCCCAUGCAUGCUUCUUUAACCAAAGCCCGCCUCUCCCUCGCCGAGACAUCCAAGACCAAUCUCGAGAGACUGAUAACGCAAUUGGAAUCCGUGGUCUCGGAAAUACCUACGCACGCCAAAAGCGCAGCUGUGGGAAUAGCCGGGGACGAUUCAGACAGCGAUGAAGACCCAACCGAGCUCUUUCACCGGGACAUCGGCGUGCAAACCUCCCCUCCCCGCUCGCGCCCUUCCUCUCCCGCCCCAGACUCCACUCCCCUAUCUGCGCAAGUCUCCUCCUUGACCUCCAUUAAAACGUCUAUACAGGACUUUAUCACAACAUCGGGGGCUGAGGACCACGAAACAGCCGAAGUCGAAGGCUCCAUCGCCAUCUUUAGGUCUUAUUUGGAAGGCCUGGCCUAUGUGGCGCCGAGCUACGGGUACGGCGGUGGGUACGGCGGCGGAUACGGCGGGUACGGGAAUGUGGGGAGGGAGGAGGACGACGAGAUAGGAAGGGUUAAGAGGGAGAUUAGGGGCGUGAAGGGCGUGCUGCUGAGCGCGAGGAGUUUUCCAGGGGGAGGAGGGGCUAGGGUUGGGAGUUGA